UGUAUAAAUAAUACCGACAAACAAAUUGCAAUGCAACCUAAGUACUAAUCAAAUCGUAUUUCGAGUGUUAUUAAAUAUAAAAGUAUUAAUUUAGUGAUUGUGAAAACAUGAUUCUCGAGGAUCAGCUUCGGCUCAAGCUACUGGAGGUUACAAAUGCAGAGGACUAUCGGCUGAUGUUACGAGACGAAGAAGAUGCUUUAUAUCCUCCUUGGUUCUUUACAUGGGUCGACAAGAAACUAACUGCAUUUGCGUGGCCUCAGACGAGGGGGAAUUUGGAGUAUCUUUGGCAAAUAGGCAUGCGACAUAUUAUCACAUUGUGCCCUGAAAAAAUUCCAAACAUAGAUGAAUCAAAAUUUAGUUGGACUUAUAUACCAAUUGAAGAAUGUACAGCACCUAGUAUUGAUCAAAUCUUCAAGUUUAUCAGAACCGUCCAGAUGUGUAGAAAACACGAAUUGCCGGUUGGGAUCCACGAUAGGAUGGGUUUAGGUCGUAGCGGUGUAAUGGUGUCUAUCUACUUAAUGUACUUUCACAGAAUGACUGCAGAUCAAGCUAUAAAGAAUUUAAGGUACCAUCGACCAGGAUCUCUUGAUAGUGCGGUACAAGAAGAAUGUGUCCUUAACUACCGACCAAAUGCAAAAGAAGCUAACGAUAAUAGACUAAAAAGAAUGAUGAAAAAUAGUAACCAUUUUUUAAGUAUUUUGCAGGGGGAAGAUAGGCAAGGUAUAUGGGGACUACCAAAAGCCGAAUAUGCAAUAAAUAAAUAAAGCUAUAAGAUAAAUUAAAAAAAAUAUUUAAAAAAUAUAAUAUAAAUUAUAAAUUUUCUACACUGCCGUCCUAAGCCAAAAAGACGCAUCUCAAUAUUUAAAGUUUUUGAGUUAUUGCGAUUUAUCGGUUUUUCAUUACAGCACUCCUAUUUAUUUAAUUUUUGAAUUUCUUUUUUUUGUAGUUAUUUGUAGUAAUGUGUUUGAGUAAAAAAUAACUUUGAAGUUUUAUUUGUUUAAAAAGUGAUUUUUAGUUAAAAAUGAGAUGCGUCUAUUCCGCUUAGGAUACGUCAGGUCAAGAAGGAUAUUGCAUUUUGCUAAUAUUAUUAUUAUAUAUUUGCUAAUGUUACAAAAGAAAUCGACACCUUUAUUACAUACUUUUUAAACAAAGGAGGUUUAUUGAAAGUGAAUAAAUUUAACAUAUCAGCUUACAAAAAAAUACUAACAUUUUAGUUUGAGUCAUCGUCUUGGGAAACUGAAAGAUCUUUCCAAAACUGAAGCCUGUUGUUCUUCAUUAUUGCACCGAGGUUCUUUAUUAUUAACUCUUUCUUUUCAGAUGAAAUUCCAAGGACUUUUUGUUGUUUUUCUGGCGGGGGCAGCAUUUUAUUUUUUGUAAUUUUGGCAGUAAGAUAAUCAAGUGCAAUUUUUGGACCAUCGGAGUCAUUUUGGUAUGUCAUAAUAUGGGAAACCCUUUAGAAAGAUACCUGGACUAUUUCAUUUACAUAUGGCCGGGGGUUAACUUUACUAAGUUUAUAUUGCGAGGUGUAAUCCUCCCAAAGAAAAAAAUGGUGUAACUCCAUUGGCAGAAUUUCAGUUUGCCGGGCGGAUUGUUUUACGGCUUGAACAAAAUCUGCAAAAUCGUAUUGGCUCCGUGCGUCUCAUCUCUACUUACAGUCACGUGACACGCUGUCAGAUUUUGUCAGGACGUUUUAACAUUGAGUCUUAUGGGAUUAUUUUGUUAAACUUGAAUAUUUUGUUUUGUAGUGAUAAUAACCGAAUACAAUUGUUUGAAUUCAUUAGUUAUUAAUUUAUACUGUAAUUUAUAGUGCAACAAAAAUAUUUUGUUUUUCGUUAAUAAAGAUUUAUUGACAUAAACUGCGAUAGUAAGGUUAUGUAUACAAAAUCAAACUGAUAAUCAAUAUUGGAAAUAGAAGAAUUUAUAUCAGAUUAAGUGCGUUUUUAUUUUCUGUUUAUAUUAAUACAUAAUAUCACUAGCGUGACACGGCAUUUUUUUAAAUGUCUCAUUUAAACAUACACAAAGCGUCCUGAUAAAAUUUCAAAAAACCGCCACCAUGAGCAGGUCGGUCGAUUUUGCUUUGACAUUUUGUUAACGCUCAGAGCGAAUAGUUUGUUGCCCAUCUUUUUCAUUGACAGUUCAACUUUUUGAUGAAACGAAUCCGCCGCCAUACAUGUAUGGCCGGGCUCAAAAUAUUUUAUAAUAAUUUCAUUAGCAUUAAUUUCAUGGGAAUUAACAAUGAAGGGCAACAAUGAAAAGAAUUCUUAUUUUGCGCAGAGCAAUUAUCAAGCCAUAAUGUUAUUUUGACAGCGUCUCUCUUAACUAGGAAAAACUGGUAAAAUGUACUGAUUAAUUCAUCUUUACUGCGUUUAAACAAGCAUAGGCGUAACCAGGGGGGUUUUGGGGGUUGUAACCCCCCCAUUGGAAUGUACUUUCAGCUCUAUACGCUUAACAUCAUAUCCCUCAGAUAUUUCCAGUAGUUGUAACCCCCCCCUUUCAGGUAGAUGUAACCCCCCCCCCUUAGGAUCAUCCUGGUUACGCCUAUGUAAACAAGGCGUCAUGCCAAACAGCGGCAAACGUUUUGCCAUUCUUUUUUUUUUGCUAAUUAGUACAAAGCUCUCAUUGUAAACUGUUAAUCUGUUUGUGAAAAUUGCAGUUUUGAAUGUUUCCAGUCUUGGCAGCAUAAUAACUUUUUCAAGGUCUGCGGAGUAUAUAAUCUUACCUGGUUCUUCUGGUUGACUACCAUCAUCUCUGUAAUUUUCACGGGACUUUGUUGCUCUGUCUAUAUGUUUUUCCAAUUGUUACAAUUAUCACAGGAAACGUUAAUAAAAUUAUUUUUUCAAGUUAAUUGUGGCUUAUUUCCCAUCUAAAUAGUUAAUUAUAAAAAUGCCACAAGGAAAUAGCUUCAGAACAACAUCACAGGUUUCGUCAAGAUUAUCUUUUGUGUGACUUUUAUCAUGUAGAGGAAACUCUUCACAACUUUCACAUUCUUUGUGUGAAGAACUUCGUGUGUUUUUAUCACCACUAACUCAUUACACAGAAACCACGAUGUAAAAACAUAACUAAUUUGGACGCAUCUAAAUGCGCACUGUGCUUAAAAUUACCAAAAAUCCUAAGCGAAAAAGGCGCAUCUUUGAGAACCGUCAUAUUGGCUGGGGAAAUUGAGAUACGUCGAAUCGGAGUAGGAUUUUGUAUUUUUUUUAAGAUGCGUCUAAUUUGAUUACCAAUUUUUAGGCACCAUGGAGUUAAAAUGCGUCUUUUUCAGUUAGGAAAUUGGUUAAACACUGUAUUUGGUGUCCUUAAGAACCAUAAUAUAAAAAUCGAAAAAUUUGGAGAUACGUCCUUUUGGCUUAGGACGGCAGUAAUGUUACAUACAAUUUAGAUAUCUGUUAUUCAUGCUAAACAACGUAAUAAACACUUGGAAAUGUAAAAAAUAA